AUGAAUAAUGGGGAUGUAUUUUCGAGCAAGGGAAUCAAGAUGGUUUCUGGAGAAAAUGGAGUAAGUGGUGCGAAGAAGAAAAUGGGAAGGCCGAAGGCUCAAGAACAGGAAAAAAUUGGUGUAAAGAAUGAAGCUGAAGCUGGUGGGGAGAUUCUUAGUAUCGAUAAUGGGGAUGGUGCUGUUAGUGGAGCAGGAAAAGUGGUUGAUGUAUUUUCGAGCAAGGGAAUCAAGAUUGGUUUUGGAGAAAAUGGAGUAAGUGGUGCGAAGAAGAAAAUGGGAAGGCCGAAGGGCUCAAGAACAAGAAAAAAUGGUGUAAAGAAUGAAGCUGAGGCAUUGCGGGUGGAUCCGUUAGGUGGUGGGGAGAUUCUUAGUAUCGAGAAUGGGGAUGGUGCUGUUAGUGGAGCAGGAAAAGUGGUUGAUGUAUUUUCGAGCAAGGAAAUCAAGAUGGUUUUUGGAGAAAAUGGAGUAAGUGGUGUGAAGAAGAAAAUGGGAAGGCCGAAGGGUUCAAAAAAUAAGAAGAAAAUUGGUGUGAAGAAUGAAGCUGAGGCAAUGCGGGUGGAUCCUCGAGGUGGUGGGGAGGAUCUUAGUAUGAAUAAUGGGGAUGGCGCUGUUAGUGGAGCAAGCCAAGUGGUUUCUACUGCUGAUGUGUUUUCGAGCAAGGAAAUCAAGAUGGUUUUUGGAGAAAUUGGAGUAAGUGGCGUGAGGAAGAGAGGGAGAUCAAAAAGCUUGAAGAAUGAGGAGGUAGAGAAGGUCGUAGAAGGCAAUGGUGGAUUUGGGAGUGAGAAGAGGGGAAGGCCAAAGAGUUCAAAGAAUGGGAAGAAAAUUUGCGUGAAGAAUAAUGCUGAGGAUGGUGAUGUUGAUGGAACAGGACAAGUAGAUUUGAAUGAAAAUCUAACUAUGAACAUGUAUGAGGAAAUGUGUCAGAAGUUUAUUGGUUUGAGAAUUGGAGGGUGUAUAUCUGGAAAGGACAACGAAGAGAGGCAGCUAGAGGUCCUGAAGAACACAAAUGAAGUUGCUAUGGUUAAUGAUAAUCACGAGACAUUGGUACACUUCAGUGAAGGUGAUAAUGCAUCUCAUGGCAACACUGGCACGGAUGAUGCCCCUGUGCUAAAGGUUCGACGAAUGGGAAGGCCAAAAGGGUCUAAGAAUAAGAAGAAAGCAGUCAACCAGACUAAAAAGAUUGUUCAUAUCAGAGGUCAUGUUUCUUGUCGCAAUCCUUCCAUUAGUGCUGCUCUGAUGCAGAAAGUUCACAGGAAAGGAAGGCCAAAGGGUUUGAAGAAUAAAAAAAAAUCAAUCUUGAUUGAAAAGAGUGAUGACAUUGGCGAGGAUGUUUCUUGUGUUAAGUCGGGGCUUAUUCCUGCUCCCUCACCGAUACAACGUCAUAUGGAAAAACCAAAGUGUUCAAAGAAUAAAAAGAAAAAAACAUUAGCAAGACCACAGAACAAGGAACCAUGCAAUCUUGCAAGCAUGGGAAAGAAAAAACCUGAUCAUAUUGCAAGAAGGAGCAAGUCAUCAGCUUUGGGGAUGCCGGAUGACCCUGAAAGAAGGGAACAACUUAGGUUUAUGUGCCACCAGUGCUUGGAGAGUAGCAGAGUUGGGCUCAUCAUCUGCUCAAAGUGCACUAAGAAGAGCUACUGCUACAAGUGCAUUGCAAAGUGGUAUCCUGAAAGAACAAAAAAAGAAGUUGAGAAAUUAUGCCCUUAUUGCUGUGGGAACUGUAAUUGCAAAGCUUGCCUUCAAGAAAAUGUUCUUAUCAAGUGCUCCCCAAAAGAAGCUGAUAAGAAUAUUAGAUUACAAAGAUCUAUGUACCUGCUACUCAACAUUCUGCCCCUACUUAGGAGUAUACAACUGGAGCAGAAGGAAGAGCUCAUUGUUGAAACCAGCACACGUGGUGUGCCGGUGAAUGAAGAAGAUGUGCCAAUAGCAGUUUUUGAAGAAGAUGACCGGGUAUACUGUGACAAUUGCAAGUUAUCCAUCGUCAAUUUUCACAGAAGCUGCCCUAAUCUGGCUUGUUCCUAUGAUAUCUGUCUUGAUUGCUGCUCUGAACUCAGAAGAGGUCUUCAACCAGGGGAAGAUGCUGCGAAAUCUACUGGCAGUUCCAAAACAAGUUUAGAUAGGAGAAUUUUUGUGGAUGAUAAAAACGUGGAGGCUGCUUCAGCAAAUGGUCCUGACUUGCACUCUGGUUUCCCUAAAUGGGAAUCUAAGAAUGGCAGGAGCAUACCAUGUCCUCCGAAAGAGCUUGGUGGUUGUGGAACUGAGGAUUUAGUACUGAAACGCAUUUUUGAUGCUGAUUGGGUGGAGAAAUUAAUUGCUAGUGCUGAGAAAUUUUCUUCUAGUUACCAAUUACCAAGUAUAGAGUUUUCCCAGAAAUGUUCGUUGUGCUUUUCACAAGAUGUUAAUGACUUUCCUGAAGUAAGACAGGCAUCAUUGAGGGAGAAUAGUCAAGAUAACUUUCUAUACUGCCCUAGUGCUAUCAAUCUCCAUUGUGAUUUCGAACAUUUUCAAAUGCACUGGAGGAAAGGCGAACCUGUCAUUGUUAGAAACACGCUCUCAAGAGCUUCUGGUCUUAGUUGGGAGCCUAAGGUUAUGCUGCGGGCUUUCAGAAGUGCAAGCAAAAAAUUGAAUCAAGACACCUCUGUGAAGGCUAUUGAUUGCUUGGAUUGGUGUGAGGUUGAAAUCAAAAUUCGCCAGUUUUUCAAAGGUUACUUAGAAGGGCGUCGACAUCAAAAUGGGUGGCCUGAGAUGUUGAAAUUAAAGGAUUGGCCACCUUCAAAUACUUUUGAAGAAUGUUUACCUAGACAUGGCUCUGAGUUUAUGGCCAUGCUUCCCUUCAGUGAUUACGCCCAUCCUAGAUCAGGUCUAUUAAAUCUUGCAACAAAACUUCCUGAUGGUGCCUUAAAGCCAGACUUGGGACCAAAAAGCUAUAUUGCCUAUGGAUAUCCGGAAGAACUCGGAAAAGGCGAUUCGGUUGCCAAACUGCACUGUGAUGUUUCUGAUGCGGUGAAUAUAUUGACUCACGCAACUGAGGUGAGGCACACCUCAUGGGAAAGAAGAAAGAUUGAUGAAAUAAGGAGGGGAUCUAAAUUCGAAGAUUUAGACAAGUUUAGUGAACAGGCCUGCACAGAAAGAACUGGAACUAUAUUACCUGAAUCGCUUCAGAAUGGCAGAAAUCCGGAGGAUCAUACAUGCAAUGGGAACUCUUUGCCGCUGGAAAAUCAAAUUGAUAAAAAAGCAACAGUUCAGAUUAGUGACCUUCAUGAGGACACAUCGAUAGAAUUCAGUUUUGAGCCCUUUCCUUCAUAUGAUCAUCUGGAUACUGGAAACAGAAGUACCAACCAUGACAUAGACAGAACCUCCAAAGUGGCGGCAGAAAGUUUUGACAGUACUUUUGACCGUAUUGCAGAUAGUUGCAAUGAUCUGGAUCUGUCCAAUUGCUCGGAGAUCACAGUCGUUCAAACGAGAAUAGAACCUGACACUCGCGACAGUCAUCUUAAAAGUGGCAAAGCCUCCACAGAUGUUGCACACGGUGCUGCAGUUUGGGACAUCUUUCGUCGGCAGGAUGUGCCCAUGUUAACUGAAUACUUGCUGAAGCAUCAAAAAGAAUUUUUCCAUAACGACAAUUCUGUUAAUUUUGUUGUGCAUCCAAUCCAUGACCAGAUCUUUUAUUUGGAUGAGAAGCAUAAAAGACAACUGAAGGAGGAGUUCAGUAUUGAACCAUGGACAUUUGAGCAACAUCUCGGUGAGGCCGUGUUCAUUCCUGCGGGAUGCCCCCAUCAAGUGAGAAACAGACAGUCCUGCACGAAACUUGCUCUAGACUUCGUAUCUCCAGAGAAUGUUCAUGAAUGCAUCCGACUGACACAGGAAUUCCGGUUGCUUCCUCAGCGUCAUAAAUAUAAGCAAGAUAUAUUAGAGGCUAAGAAGCUGGCUGUAUAUGCUGCAGAUGCUGCCAUUAAAGACGUUGCAAAUUUAAUGUCAAAGCAGACCAGAAAAAAAUCGAAGCUAGCUGAUGUAGAGAACUCCAGCUGAAUGGUUGAACUCUUCGACAUUGUAGCAGCACAGAUCGUAUUCAGCUAUUGAUGCAAUCAACUGACCCUUUGAGGCGAGUUACCGUCUGUUCUAUGCCAGAAGCUACCAUAUCUUAAUGUAAAGUGGGGAGGAGUUACUAACUAAUGUAGUGUGACCAUUAUCGUCACAUUUAUUUUCUUUUCGUUAGUUAGUCGUUUGAGAGUCCUAUAUAUAAUUCCCUCGAGGAUCGAGAGAGUGAUAUAUAAGGAAUGUAAUGUACCGUAGUAGCCACAAAAAACCUUGUUUGUUUCAGUAGGGGCUUAGAUUUAGCUCCAAUGUAACCAUGAAUGGCAAGAAAAGGACUAAUGUUGGUUGUUGAAUCAAAUAAAUGCCAAUUUAUUGUUGAAA